AUGUCAAUCGAGAUCGUCCCGCUGGCUGAGGCCGAUAUUGCGGGUGUUGUAGACUGCGUGCAGAGCACCUUCGCAGAUGAUCCUUAUUUCCGAUGGGCAUUCGAUGCAGCCAAGUUCAAAGCUGAGCGAAAUGCAGCCUCGCUCGCAGCACACCUACAAUUCAGCCUCAACUGCGGCUAUCCGGUUUUCGUCGCGAAAGUGGGUCGUGCAGCAAGCGACCUCGAGACCGACCACGAAAUCAGACUAGCUCCAGGCACCGUUGUUGGCUUUAGCUGGUGGACGCCCCCAGAAGUACCCGCCCUUUCCCAGCCGUGGUCCAUCUGGGCACAGGAAUGGCUGCUUUCCUUCCGACAGCUCAUGUUCAACAUUCGUUUCGCCGGCCGUGGCGGCUUGCAUGUUCGCCGAUAUUGGCUGUGGAAGAAGAUGCAGAAGAACGCGCUGAACGAUCUCUGGACUGACCCCCGGGGUUAUUAUUACUGCAGUCUGUUGGGUGUCAGCUCGCAGGUUCGCGGAAUGGGGGUUGGUAAGCGACUUAUGGAGGUAAUUCUGCAAAAGGCAGAUGAGGAAGGCAUCUCCUGCUACCUCGAAAGCUCAAAGGGCUACCCCAACAUUGCCAUCUAUGAGAAGAUGGGGUUUGAGCUCAACCAAGAGAUCACAUGCGAUGACGGCGGCAAUAUUUGCAAGCUUUAUGGCAUGACACGCAAGCCCAAGAUCAAGGCUUAA